AGUUAGUUAGUCGUGUGUAAAUUACGCGAUAAACACGGUUUGUUCCAAGAUUCUCCCAAGAUGUGCUUAUGAUCGGCGCGUCACUCUUUGUGCUCAUGGAUGUUUUCGAAUAAGAAACAAACACUUAGGAACAAUCGGUAUUAAGUGAUUAUCUGAAAAAACACGGUCCUAAUCAAGAUCAUUGUGAUCGAUUUAAAGAGUCACUAAGUACCCGACUUGCUCAAUUGGCUUAAGUGGUAGCCGAAGCAACAACAUGGCUCGAUUAGGGACCGGGCUGGCGAUUUUUGCGCUGUGUUUCGCUCUGUGCAAUUGCAAAGUGAAUGUUAUCCAGAGUCUGGAUGGAACAUGGGUGGGACGGGAAACCGACUAUUGGUACGAGUUUCCCACCACCGUCCCUGGAGGCGUCUACAGUGACUUGAUGGACCUGGAGAUCAUUGAUGACGUAUUCUUUGGAUUUAAUGACAACGUGACCUCAUGGGUGGGCACCAUCAACUGGACCUACGCUUUGAACUUCACUAUUGAUCCCACUCUUUUGGAGUACGAGAACGUCAAUUUGGUCUUUGAUGGUGUGGACACGUUCGCGGACAUCGUGCUCAAUAAUGUGACUGUCGGCUCCACAACCAACAUGUUCGUGCGAUACGUUUUCGACGUAAAAGACAUACUGAAGGCCGAAGGAAACAACACCAUCGUCCUGAAGUUCAUCAAUGCCCCGGAAGUGGGCCUGAAACGGAACGAGGAACAGCUGAAGAAGUACCGAAUCCCGUGGGAAUGUCCACCAGACGCUUACCGGGGCGUUUGCCACAUUAACAUGAUCAGGAAGAUGCAGGCUUCAUUCGCCUGGGACUGGGGCGUGGCUCUGCCCUCAAUGGGCAUCUGGAAGCCGGUUUACAUCGAGGCCUUCGAUGAGACUGUUAUUCGCCACCUGGUGCCCAGAGUGAGCAAGUCAGAGGAUGAGAGCAAAUACCUCAUCACCAUCAACACAUACUUUGCGCCCAACCAACGCAACACCGUAUCUGGCACUCUAAACGCGAAAAUCUACCUGGACAACAAUGAGGAGGUGUGGAAUGACUUCGACAUCUUCGAAAAAAGCAGCGGAGACGAAGACAUCGUCAGCUCAGUGACUCUAUCCAUCGACGCGGCUCUAGUGCAGCUCUGGUGGCCGAAUGGGUAUGGUGAGCAGCCCUUGUAUGAGCUGGCGGUGAGUUUCACCGAUGGUGAGAACGGCGCCACCAUCAGCAAGAAGGUGAACAUUGGGUUCAGGUUCGUGGAGCUGGUGGAGGAGAGUUUAGAGAAAGGACAGACGUUCUACUUCAAGGUGAAUGGGGAGCCGAUUUUUGUGAAGGGCUCCAACGAGAUCCCCAUCAAUAUUCUGCCUGAACUGGGCCAGGACAGGCAAACCAUCAGGUACCUGCUCCAGAGCGCCAAGGAAGUGAACAUGAACAUGCUACGAGUUUGGGGAGGCGGGGUUUACGAGUCGGACUACUUCUACGAAAUCGCCGACCAAUUGGGCAUAAUGAUCUGGCAGGACUUCAUGUUCGCGUGCUCGCUCUAUCCAGCCAAUGAGCUCUUCCUCGCUGACGUCGUUGCUGAAGUGGACCACAACAUCAAGCGCCUCUACCACCAUCCCAGCAUCGUGGUGUAUUCGGGCAACAAUGAGAACGAGGGCGUUUUGUCGGACAAUUGGUACUCGACCGCCGACAACUACGACCAAUACAAAGCGGACUAUGUGGCGCUCUAUAUUGAGACGGUGCGCGCUCAGUUUGAGCGCAUCUCUGGCGGAGAGGGAGUCUUUAUCAGCUCCAGCCCCAGCAAUGCCAAGUUGACUGAGAAUGAGGGAUGGGUGGGGCAGAGUCCCUCCAACCAGUACUGGGGCGAUGUGCACUUUUACAACUACGUCUUGGACUCGUGGAACUCCAACUCCUACCCAAUUCCGCGCUUCUGUUCCGAAUACGGGUACCAGUCGUUUCCUCUGGAGGACUCCUGGAUGACCGCCACCAACAUAACAGCCGACCUGAAGCUGACCAGUGAGUUCAUGGACUGGCGCCAGCAUCAUCCUUUAGGGAACGAGGAAAUCGCAUUGCUGAUCAGCGAAAAUCUCCAACUCCCUGACUCUGAGAGCGAGCACUUUUCCAGCGCCUUCUUCUACCUGUCUCAGAUCUACAGCGCCCAGGCCAUCAGAGUGGAGACCGAACACUACCGAAGAUACAGAAGCUACUUGACAGAGGAGGGCAACGGCUACACCAUGGGAGCGCUCUACUGGCAGCUGAACGAUGUGUGGGUGGCCCCCACCUGGUCCAGCAUUG